GAUGUUUGCUUAGUGAGGAGGGAAGAAGUUACACAAGCUGACAGGCGGAUGUUUUAUAACUCUUCGAUGUACUGUUUCUAAUGACGCACACAGUCUAUUCAGCUUGGAGAUUAUAGCCAACAAGUGUUGUUUCUGGACGGCGAGGAUUUUUUUUCCCUAUAAAGAAGGACAACCAACAUAUUCAAACCCAGAGCGACAGGAGAAUUACCGUUAAUAUAAUGGACAUGUCGAAAUGGUGAGGGAAUAAGAAAGGGGUGUGUAUUGUUUGUGACUUCUGGAAACGUGAGAAUACGGGUGUUUAAGCCACAAGACAGGCGGAGGAAACAAACAAACAAACAAACAACAACAACAUGGAGUUACAGUCAGUUCUGCUGACAACCGGUGUGUCUGUGGGCUUUUUCAAACUGGCAAACUGUGGAUUUGCUCGACUCUACAUCCCAGAAACAGCUCAGAGGAAUAAAUGGAAAUGGAGAAACAUCUCCACAUCUUUCCUUCACAGCCUCAUCACUGGAAUAUGGGCUGUGCUUUGUUUUUACGUACAUCCAGAGAUGGCUGAAGAUCUGAUAAAAACACACUCCAUCUUCUCACAUGCUUUGGUGUGUGUAUCCAUUGGGUACUUCAUAUAUGACUUCUUUGACAUGCUUUUCAACCAGAAGAUCAACCAGUCAUGGGAGCUCCUUUUUCAUCACAUGGUGGUGAUCACCUGCUUUGGGCUGUCAGUGCUGACGUGUCGCUAUGUGGGCUUUGCAGUUGUGGCCUUGCUUGUGGAGAUCAACUCCAUCUUUCUGCACCUGAGGCAGAUGUUGCGGAUGGCCAGUAUUGCCAAGAGCACAGUGUACCGCGUAAACAGCAUGAUUAACCUGGGCACAUACGUGGUGUUCCGCAUUAACACCCUGGCAUGGAUGACGCGCUGGUUGGUGUUAAACCGCGAUAACGUUCCCCUUUUCAGUUACACAGUGGGCAGUGUGGGUAUGGCCAUCAUGACCCUCAUGAACAUUGUUCUGUUCUGCCGGUUGCUCCGUACUGAUUUCCUCACGUCCACCCGUGAGAAAGAAGUCAAGAAAGACAAGGACAUGUAAUGGGAGCAGGAAAGCACUCUUGUCUAUGUUUGAACUAUACUAACUUCACCAAGAGCCUCACGUUCCACACCCUGUCGACGCCGGCAUCUGAUGACUGGUUAUUCUGUUUUAUACCAGACCGCUGAUCAAAUUCGUCUGUAAACUUUUUUUUUUAUUAUUAUUAUUUUUUUUAGAAGUGUAAUUAGCUAAGAGAAUCACACUGAAAACUUGUCACAAGCUUAUGAUAAAAGAUCUAAUAAAUUGAUGCAACGAAUGAAUACUUAAGCAUUUAAGUGUUGGAAUUAAUGGUGUCUGUCUGAUGGCAGGAAUGCAUUAUGUUCUGUCUGUAAAUAAUGCUUUAGUUAAAAGAAAAUUCUGGGAUUUUUUUUUUUUUUUUUUAAACCUGGGCCCUGUUUCCCCAUCUCCUUGGGUGCAAGUAUUUACAAGGGACAAAAACGAUUGAAAUCGGUCCAGUAUUGAGUUAGAACGCUAUAACCGGCGACCGCAAAACAGCUGUACGAUGUAAUCCUACGGCGCAAUCAUCCACGUCAAAAUAAACUUGUUUUCACCACUGACAGACUCAUAAUGUCAUUCCUACAGACAUACACCUGUCUGUUUACCUCAAUAAGAACUGUAGAAAAUGCCUGUUUGUUUUUCUACACUCGUUAUUUUACUUUUUUUCUUCUUCCAGUCUCUGACACAGCACUUCAUUCAGCGUCUGUGGUUGAUUAUUACACAGGGUCUGUUUUCUGAUGUCUACAAAAGAGAUCCUUUCCAUGUUAGACACUCAUCCAUAUUGUUGUAAUCAGCUAAAUAUUUGGUAUUCCUUUGGGAAUGGACUUCUUCACAAAUUCUGCAUGAUUCCUCCUUUUGUGAAAGUUUUGUUUUCGCAUUCUAACUCAAUACUGGAACAAUUUCAAUCAUUUGUGUCUCUAGUAAAUAUUUAGACCCGAAGAGAUGGGAGAACUAGGGCCCAGGUUAAAAAAUCUUUCAACCUUUAAAGCUGAAUUAAACUAUACCACUGUAAACUUACUGUUAAAUACAUUUAAUAACCAUAAACCUAAAACUAUAAUUACACUAAUACAUACAGAAACUAACAAAAUACAUGUAUAAUCCUAUACAUAUGCCUUGCAGAGGCCUCAUGAAGGUUUGCUUAGCCUUUUUAAUACCUACCUCUGCUAUCUCAUAAUCAUGUAGCAGUUAAAGAGUUAAUCUUCUCUUCGCUCCAUCUGCGUUCCGUAGGCGCUAAAGAAGGCCUUGGAAUUCUUGAAGACGUUUCAGCUCUCAUCCGAAAGGCUUCUUCAGUUCUGUCUGACUAGUGAGGAGUUCCAGGUAUUUAUCCUCUAGUGGACCAAAAGCAACCCUAAGGUGGGUCAUUGAGCCUCUCCGUCAUCCUGUAGGUGUUGGGGUUACUGGAGGCUGGGUGUGAAUGGUGAUCACCCUAACGACUUGAGGCUGCUAACACCGUUCACACCCAGCCUCCGGUAACCCUAACACCUACAGGAUGACGGAGAGGCUCAACGACCCAUGUGACCUCAACGACUCUCCUUAGGGUUGCUUUCGGUCCCUUAUGCCGCUUUUCCACUACCAACGCGGCUGAGUUGGGCUGAGUCGAGCUGAGUGGGGCUGUUGGCGUUGCAUUUCGACUACAACCGCGCUGAACCGUGCUGGCUGGAAGUGGGUGGACACGUUGGGUGGAGUUAGCGAAAGUGGGUGGACGUCACGUGAUGAUGUUAGGCGGCGCAAACAGUGACAUCAAUGACCUUUUAAGCGGUAGUCUCACGACCCGGACAGCAAACAAUAAACAUGGAGUCAUUAGUGUUGCUGGUCUUGGUGCUGUGGCUUGUUGUCACCGACAACGCCAACAGAUACUGGCAAGAGCGUAUAGAUGAGGCGAGGCGCAUAAGGCUUCAGAAAUUCUCGUAAUUCUUCUUCUUCCGGGUUUAUGGUGUUUACAGAUCCCAGCGUGCUCGCGGGGCGUGUGUGGGCAUGUGAGGACACUCCUCCUCACCAAUCAGUGCACAGGGGAGUGUCUGCUCAUGCCCCUAGCCCCACUCGGCUCGGUUUGGCUCGCUUCAGCCCUACUCCAAAACGGUGCGAGUUUUGGGUGCUGAGUAAGGCUGAAGCGAGCUGAGUCGCGCCGCUCUGAGGUAGUCGAAACGCGAGCCGUGUCGGGCUGAAGUGAGCUGAAAAAGGGUAGUGGAAAAGGGCCAUUAGAGAAUAAAUACCUGGAACUCCCUACUAGUCAGACAGAACUGAAGAAGCCUUUCGGAUGAGAGCUGAAACGUCUUCAGGAAUUUCAAGCAAGUCCAAGUUGUCGUCUUUAGCACCUACGGUUCGCUAUGACCUGGAUGACCGAGAACCUUCACAGACGUAUCCAUCUGUGUUCAGUACCUGUGAGCAGUUCUGGCAGAGUGACGCAAUUGUGCCUGUUUGCCUACAUAAUGCUGACCAGAGGGGGUAAAAAAGGAGCUGAAUAAUGUUUGUAAAAAUGCUUUAGGUCAGGCUUGGCUGUUUAACUAUGAUUGGAGGACUGCUCUGAAAAUGUCCUCGGUCUCAGUUUGAUACAGGACCAACACCUCAAUGCUGGACUUAAGUCCUCUCCGCCUCUUCCACACAGCACUGACAUCAGUGCGAGAAGUCUGAUGUCUGAUCAAUUUCACACUUUGGUAGACUGUUAACUGUCACUAUGACCUCAUGGUAGCUGUACCUGAAGGUGCUCAGUGUAUUUAGAGGAAGCUGUUAAAACUGGAUGAUUAUUGCAAAAUGUGUGAACUUUUUAAUUACGUUUUGUAUGUUUGUUUCUUGUAUGGACAUAUUUUGUAUAUAUAUAUUUUAUUAUUUUUACUCAUCAUACUAAAAUGGAUUUUGUUGUGGAAAAAUGUUGGUCACAGAGGACAGUAUUGGAUAGUGUCUUUAUUUUUAAUAUUGUGAAAUUUACAGCAGUCUCCAGUGAACAGUCCGGGUCUUUUUUUUUUUUUUAUUCCUAUUUUGACCUUUUACAGUGUGGUGUUUGCGCUUAACUCUAACCAGAUGUUUAAUAGGUAGUGUGUAGAGUUCCUGUUUUUAUCAGGGUUAUCAGGAAGUUGCAUAUCUUAACUAUGUAGCACAUUUAAUAACCAUUUAGCAUACCAGCAUGCCACUCUUCAAAAUGAAUGAUUUCAAUUAAAAUUACACUAAAAACUGUAUUCAUGGAUAUUUACCUCCUAGCCAAGAUCGACUCCAAAUGCAAAAUAAUGAAAGGCUCUCAAAAUUGCAUUCAGCUGGUUAGUUGGGGUGGAUAAAGUCAUUUAAAGUUAAAAUGUAAAAUUCGUAGGAAGAAAUUUCAAUAAUAAAAGUGAGCUCAUAAUUAUUAUAAAUGAAUGAACGCCAUUAAAAGAUGCUUAAUAUGCCACAAUAAAUUAGUGUUGUUAUCUUGAGGCUGAGUGUAACCAAGCUUUGAGAUUCGAGCUUCGGAUUGUGUUGCUAUGAAAGAUAAGAUUAUUUUAGCAGGUAGUGGUAACACACUUUCAUUUCAUGAAAUUAGUAAAGUAGUAAUGUUUUUACUGAAUUCUAUAGUGCUGGAGUGCUGUGUAAUGCAGUGAAAAUAUACUGUGGUGAUAUUGUGAAGGAACUUUUAAAGUGCAUAUUCUGGACCAGUUUUUGUUUUUAAUAUGAAAGUAUGUCCCUUUACACACUCAUCCAGAAGGGUAAUUUUGCACAAGGCCAUCUGUCUACAGCAGAAAAAAAUAAAAUAAAACGCGUCUGGAAAAAUCCCAAGGGAGUCUGGAGCCAGAUUCGUGACGUUACCUGCGGAAGCGCCAGCAGGCUGCGUGAGCUUUGCACGGUUUCAGUGCACAGCCUGUGUAGACCAAGCGCUCCCAUUUCUCUCUCAUUGUCCGGUCUUUUGGGAAACGAUGAGUACUAAUCCCAUCAAGAUUGGUGUUGCUACACCCUCCUACAAUACAUCUGUUAACCGUUUUAAUAAUUACGUGAUAACGUUGAGGAAAUUUGCAGAAAACCACCAGGUCGUUUUCUCAUAAACAAACCGGCGCUGACGUAGGAUUCAGAGGGAGGCGUCCCGCACGCGAUGUUACGAAAAUCAAUGUUUGUCAGGAAAUCCAAAUGCCAAGUUUAUUCAGAGGCGGACCAACUCACCUCAAAUGGCUUGAUUUCAACAGAAUUUUUCUGGUAUUGCGCAAGGUAAAAAAAUUGCGCAAAAUGUGACAGAUAUUUGACCAAAGUUUAAUAUAAAAUAAGAGAAUAGGAGUACAUUGAUCUUGCUCCUGAAUUUACCCGUGAUAUGCACUUUAAGUAGCACAUCGUCACAGUUUCCAAAGCCAUAGAUGAUGUCAAAGUGGUUUACUUGUGUAAGUGAUUAGAAAACCAUAAUGCUUUCAUUAGCAUAUCACCAUUCAACACUACUGCAUGUGCUGUCGAGAGAAAAGGACAAGCUGAAUGUGGUGCUGUUGUCCUGACCCUCUCUAUAAGUCUUACAAUUAAUGAUUGUGUUUAAAUUGCACAUAACACAAUUAUAUUUUUGUUUGUAUAAAUAGAUGUUUUAUAAUUAAUACAAUUGCAAUUUAUAUAUAUUUUGUAUUUUACUGAUAUGUGGAAAAUAAAACAGUACCCCUUGCCGUA